UGUGAGUGUGUAUGUGUGUGUAUUUAUAUGUGUGUGUGUGUGCGUGUGUCUCCUUGGGAAGUGCAGUCAACGGAUUGUGUUGCACUCACACAGAAAGUAACGGGGGAGCCGAGUGGAGCAGCAGCAUCAGGCCCCAUAGAGCAGAGCCAUAGCCAUGUCUUCCAGCUCAGCGAUGGUGCGGAUCCUGAUAAAGGGCGGCAAGGUGGUGAACGACGACUGCACCCAGGAGGCCGACGUCUACAUCGAGAACGGCAUCAUCCAGCAGGUGGGGAAGGAGAUGAUGAUCCCUGGUGGGGCCAAAGUGAUAGACGCCACUGGAAAACUGGUCCUCCCCGGUGGCAUCGACACCAGCGUCCACCUGGAUGAAUACUUCAUGAAUGCCACCACGGCAGACGACUACUACAGCGGCACCAAGGCGGCUCUUGCCGGCGGUACGACAAUGGUGAUUGGUCACGUUCUGCCGGAGAAGAAUGAGUCCUUGCUUGAAGCCUACGAGAAUUGCCGCAGCAUGGCUGACCCGAAAACCUGCUGUGACUACGCUCUGCACGUGGGAGUGACUUGGUGGGGUCCCAAGGUACAAGCUGAGAUGGAGAAGCUGGUGAGAGAGAAGGGCGUGAACUCCUUUCAGAUGUUCAUGGCCUAUAAGGACCUGUUCAUGCUGAGAGACGGCGAGCUCUUCCAGGCCCUGCAGCACUGCAAGGACAUCGGGGCCAUAGCAAGAGUCCAUGCUGAGAACGGGGAGCUGGUGGCAGAGGGUGCAAAGGAAGCACUGGACCUGGGCAUCAGUGGCCCUGAGGGGAUUGAAAUUAGCCGACCUGAAGAGCUGGAGGCCGAGGCGACCCACAGGGCGAUCACCAUCGCCAACAGGGCCCACUGCCCGAUCUACCUUGUGAAUGUGUCCAGCAUGUCUGCAGGAGAUGUGGUGGCUACAGCCAAGAUGCAAGGUAAGGUGGUCCAUGGGGAGACAACCACGGCCCACACUGUGCUGAACGGUAUGCAGUACUAUCAUCAGGACUGGGCCCACGCCGCUGCCCAUGUUACCGUGCCUCCUCUCCGCCUGGACCCCUGCACCCCCAAUUUCCUAAUGAGCCUGCUGGGAAAUGACACUCUGAAUGUUGUGGGGUCCGAUCACCGUCCGUUCACCAUCCAACAGAGAGCCAUGGGUAAGGACGAUUUCACAAAGAUCCCCCACGGGCUCCCAGGCAUACAGGACCGCAUGAGCGUCAUCUGGGAGAAAGGAGUGAUCGGAGGUAAGAUGGACGAGAAUCGCUUUGUAGCAGUCACAAGCUCAAACGCAGCCAAGAUCUACAACCUCUACCCCAGGAAAGGCCGGAUCAUCGCUGGAGCAGAUGCUGAUGUGGUGGUCUGGGACCCCGAGGGAUCAAAGACCAUUUCUGUGGCCAACCAGGUCCAGGGAGGAGAUGUGAACCUGUAUGAGGGCCUUCGUUGUCACGGUGUUCCACUGGUCACCAUCAGCCGUGGGCGACUGGUUUAUGAAAAUGGCAUUUUCACAUGUGCGGAAGGCUCCGGAAAGUUUUGCCCCCUGAGAACCUUCCCGGAUUAUCUUUACAAGAAGAUGGUGCAGAGGGAAAAGUGCCAGGCGGUGAAAGCUGUGGAGCGGGAGCCGUACACAGGGGACGUAGUCUCGUUGGUCAACUCAGGAAAGAAGGACUUUGGGGCGUCAGAUCUGGACACCCCGACGCGCCCCUGCACCCGGCACGGGGGCUUGAGGGACCUCCAGGAGUCCAGCUUCAGCCUCUCUGGUGCCCAGAUCGAUGACGCCAUUCCAAAGAGGUCCUCGGCCCGGAUCCUGGCUCCUCCUGGAGGGAGGUCCAGCGGGAUCUGGUAACCAAUCAGGAGGACGUCACAUGAAGCAGAAGCACGACACCUGAGGGAAACAUUUGGCCGAGCAAGACGACUUUGUUUGUCCUUCUGGAAGCUUAGUAUAUUUGUGGGGUGAUGGAGUCAUGUUUUCACAUGUUAUUUAGGACUGUAAAAUAUUAACCUGUAUGACAUUGCCAUAACAAGGAAAACCUGUGUUAAGCGAUUACAUCUAUCAAAUUUUUGUCAAAUGUAACCUCCAAAAAAUAAGGGGAAAAUAACAAAAAAGAUACCAAUGAAUUAAUGGAUGUGGUUAGAGGGGGAUACUGUAACUAACUCCUAGUUUUAGGAAGGUGAGUCAUAGUUUUUAUGAUGCGACUGUGUUACCUCACCUUAAAAUAGGAUUUUGCACCUUUAUCAUGUACUAUUUAGAUGCCUUUUUACAUGAUUUAAUGUCACGAAUGUCACAAAUGUUUUUUUAACUGCGCGUCAUGGUGAAUGAAAUGUAAUGGUUUAUUACAGGGUGUUGGCCCGACAUGAAUAUGUCAGCACUUAAAAACAAACAAAUGAUGCAAUUGACAGAAUAAUGAAAAACAACGUAAUGCAAGUUAACCUUUUACAUGUGUUUGUUAAUUUAUUUUUUUAUACUGUAUUAUUUGAGCUUUAUCCCUGUGAUGCUCCUGUGUUAGAAUGAUUUCCUUUAAAAACACUGAGGUACGGUAAUUUAUCGUGGUUGGAUUAGCGUUUCAGCUCCUGUUUACAGAUUUAUGUUCCACCCCCUACUGAAUGUGAAUGAACCUACGCUGUGUGCACCGUGCACAGUAGCAUAGUUAGAGUUUCUGUCGUAAGCACCAAUGUCACAGAAUCCUCUUGUGGUCUUAUUCGUUUUCCACAGCGACCAAAGAGCCUCACCUAACUGCCUUUCUCUCACCUGAGAAAACUGACGCCCUCAAACACACCUCUGCAACCUGCCGCUACAGCUCAUGACCUCUGACCUGUUGACCACUGUCAUUUGUUUUCCUUUUCAAACGUUCUCCUGACCAACAGAGACGCUGAAGGGAUCCUCUUUAGGAUUCAAGCUGCUGUUUCUUCAGGAUCGUAACUGGUUCUCAACCACUGUGUUUUCAUUGCUUGUCCUUAGUUACAGAUUUUUUUCAUGUGAAUAUUUGUGUUAGUGUCUGAUUUUGUUGUUAUUUUUGUCAAAACUGCCGAGUUAGCGGGAUGCACACGAGAUUUAGCUCAAUGUUUAGACCCAGUUAUGUUGAGAUGAUCAUGAUACAGUUAAAGUAGCACAACGCUUGUUUUUCGAUUUCACUUUUUUAAUUUUUAGAAGCUCCAGAAAAUGUUGUUGUGUUGUGUUCCCCUCCCUCCCAAACAUACACCGGUGCUGAACAAUGUGUUGUCACAUUGAAGUCUGUUUAUCUCUUUAGUUUUUCUUGCAGCUCUUUAUCACAUGAUUUGAGUGCAAAUAAACCACAAGGAAAUCCUCA